AUGCCCGCUCGCAAGCGCACCGCCACUUCGCCUACACCGGCUCUACGAACAUCCAAGCGACAAAGGGUCAAGCCAGCGCGUACGCCACAGGUUGUUUCCAACUCCACCCCGCCGCCGCGAAAGCCCAAGCCUGCGAAGGCCCCGAAACUCACACCAGAAGAGGCCGCCGAGAAGGAACGAGAAGAGCUAGUGGCUGCCAUUACACAAGCUCAGAGCGAAUUCCAAGAAGAACGAGCCAAAACGCACGGCGCGCCAUACAGGGAUGCAGAGCUAUAUUUGCAAGAUCCCUACAUGUACCGCCCUCUAGGAGAAGGAGAGCCGACUGAGCUAUCAGGCGAUGAAAUGAUCGUUUGCAUGGCCGAGAAUGUUCUCUUUCGGCUUCCACGUCCCGCACUCAUCGACGUUGCGCAACUCUUUGCCGAUAUGUUUUCCAUCCCAUUUCCUCCUGGCGAAGACGUAGACGGAAGGACGGACGAUCACCCUGUGGUAUUGCAUGGCAUAGGUGCUGAAGGGCUUCGUCAAGCGAUAGGGUAUCAGCUCACUGGGGGAGCACGGGACACCUGUCACGCUUGUGUUCAUAUGCUAGUGUUCGCGCAUCGCACCGGCGGAUAUGACUUAUACGAGCAAACUGCUUUACUUCUUGCGAACAAUUUCGUCACAUUGGAACCUCCUUGGGCGCGCCAGCCACGACGCGCCUACUGCGGACAGUACCACUCGCAGCCGCGUCAACCCUACGGUUCCAUCGGGCUUCAGUGCUAUGAUAACAAGCACUGUAUCAAGGACAUCGCAUCUCACCCGCAUCCCGACGACAAGCCAGAACCGGACAAGACCUCGACCGUUGACGACGCAUUCUAUCCAGAGUGCCACAGCGAUAAAUCGGACGAUCUAACCUGGGGCUGGUACAACAAUCACUACGCAGGGCCGAAAGGUGGCUUGCCUCUCGGUGCACUCUCUGCAAUUGAUGUCCUCGUCACUGCAUUUGAGCUGGGUAUAGACGUGCGCUUCUUUCCGGGAGCGUUGGUGGCCAUCAUACAUCCCGGAGAGUUCCUUACGCCGCAGAUGGUGGCGAGGCUGACGAGAAUGGACGACGAUAGCCCGCUAGCAAUCGCGGACUGUAUCAUGACGCAUAGAAACCGAAUCGAGGAGGGCUCUGACGAAGAGCCAGAGGUCUCGGUGGCGCGGAUAGGACAGGGGUCGCAACUCGUCCAUCAGCUUCACCGUGCCAUCAAACUUUGGAAGUAUUGCACCCGCCUGAAAGGCGAGGGCACCUGGGGAAUGCUCAAUACGGUGAUACGCACGGUCUGGGACGCUCCGAAUGAAAACUCUGACGGGUGGAUAUUUAUGUGCGAGAAACCUUGA